AUGGACGAGUCUCCAGGGUGUCCUACUAUCUACAUCAGAUUGGACCGCAAGGCUACUCUUGACGGCGGCCCAGAUUAUCAAUCUGUCCGGGUACUUGCCUUUACACUCUGCACGACGAUGCCGUCUUGGGAUCCUCGUGCCUAUGCAGAGCUCAUACAUAUAUUGAAGAGCUCAUGCAGAGAGCGGGAGAGAACUGGAUCUCUACCUCCUAUUUCACGCGAACUACAAUGCACUCAUCAUGUUGAUUGCUUCUGUGCCAACAGAAGCGCCGAUACAAGGAUCGAUGAGCGACCGGAGAGAACGCGUACAAUGCGUCGCAAUGCUGAGCAGUCACAGAAAUCUUCAAGCAGUACAGAUCCCGCUCAUCCAGAAGGAUCUUCCACAAACUCAUCAUCGGGCGUUUCCCCUACGGAGCGAGACUCCGGGUCCACCAUAUACCUUUCACGGGCCUGCAGCAUUACGAGACACGACUUGCGUCUCCUCCAGCCCGGGAAAGUACUCAACGACGAGCUAAUCAACUUUGGAAUGGAAUAUUUGGUCAAGACUUCGGAGUUCUGUUCGUCUUUCCUCUGUCUUUCAACCAUGUUCGCGACUCUACUGAAGGCCAGGUCGUCGUUCGCAUCAGGCGAUCCUGUAUGGGCAGGCUACUGGUCUCGCUGGAAACCGCUGGAGAAGCCGCUUCUGCUCAUCCCUGUCAACAAUAAAACUGGUUAUCACUGGUAUCUUCUGUUUGUUGCGCUCUUGUGGGACGGGAAUGAGCCCACAGGCGUCUCGGUUACCUGGCUUGAUUCCUGUCGAGACAAACCACACUUGACUGCAGUGACGAAGGAAAUGUCCAUGUCCCUCGGCCGCUUCAUUGUCAACAAGGCGCGGGAGCGACUGGGUAUCAUCGGCCUUGAUCACACUCCUCCGACGGAGCGUGUUAUCGUGCGGGAAGCAAGCGUACCGAUUCAGGACAACGAAUGUGACUGCGGAUUGCAUGUUCUCAAAAACGCCAGCACAAUCCUACGGAACCCUUCCAGAGCGUAUGAGCUCGUUUUCGCUCCAAGCUAUUGGGGAUCCAAUGACUGCGAUCCAAUUCGCGCCAGACUGAAAGACUUGCUCGGGAAGUACUGCAAUGGGGGCGAUUAG